GGGGACCCGGCAGCCCCUCCGGCCGGCGCCAGCCUGCCAGGUGACCCGGGAAGGAGCCGCUGCUGGAGUCCCCCCCCAGAGCCUCGGAGGGGUCAGCCUCCGAGGAAGAGGAAAAAAAAAAAAAAAAAGGCAGCCCGCAGAAAGCCCAGGAAGACCGAACCGCAGCAGUUUUUCAUUGCUUUGGGUUUUUUUUUUUUUGAGGGGGCGGGGUGAAGGGGUACUAGACAAGUCCCCAAGUUUUCUUUGCUUUUUUUUCCCUGCCUUUUUUUUUUGAAAUUUGUUUUCAUUUUCCUCCCCCCUCCCUUGGUGGAAGUGCGCGUCCCACCUACUAGAGACCCCGAAAGAAAAGUGUCAGAGGCCGGUGCAAAACCCGGCGUGAGUUCAAGAAGACAUUUACAAGUCCAAGAGGCCAAGCACUUUGAAGAAGUGUAAGAGAUAUUUUUCCUUCAAAAGAAUAUAUUUUUAAAGAAACCAACCAGUCCGCGGCAAGCAACAGCAGUUUUAUUUUUAUUUAUUUUUGCAUUUUUCUCUUAUUUUAAAUCGAGCGGUCUUUCUUGCUCCCCCCUCCAAUUUUUCUUUUUGCAAGCAAAACAAACAAAACAAAACAAAACAAAAAGCAGCAUAGAAGAAAGCAAAAUAAAGAAGAAGAGGAGGUGGAAGAGAGGGCAAGAGAGGAAGGGGGAAAAAGAAACACACAAAAACACCAACCCCGGCAGAGGAGGAGGCGCGGCGGCGGCGGCGGCGGCAAGGCGGCUCGGACUCCCUCCCCGGCCCCAACAGUGCAGCUCUCCGGGCGAUGUCAGAAUAGAUGCCGGGGCAAUGUCCCGCCGCAAACAGGGCAACCCGCAGCACUUGUCCCAGAGGGAGCUCAUCACCCCAGAGGCCGACCAUGUGGAGGCUGCCAUCCUCGAGGAAGACGAGGGUCUGGACAUAGAAGAGCCAAGCGGCCUGGGGCUGAUGGUGGGUGGCCCCGACCCUGACCUGCUCACCUGUGGCCAGUGUCAGAUGAACUUCCCGCUGGGGGACAUCCUGGUUUUUAUUGAGCACAAAAAGAAGCAGUGUGGUGGCAGCCUGGGCUCCUGCUAUGACAAGAGCCUGGACAAGGGCAGCCCGCCGCCCUCCUCCCGCUCCGAGCUCAGGAGAGUGUCAGAGCCAGUGGAGAUUGGGAUCCAGGUCACUCCUGAUGAAGAUGACCACCUGUUGUCACCCACGAAAGGCAUCUGCCCCAAGCAGGAGAACAUCGCAGGGCCGUGCAGGCCUGCCCAGCUGCCAGCGAUGGCCCCCAUAGCUGCCUCCUCCUCCCACCCUCCCUCAUCCGUGGUCACUUCACCUCUGCGCGCCCUGGGCGCCCUCCCGCCCUGCUUCCCGCUGCCCUGCUGCAGUGCGCGCCCUACCUCGGGCGACGGGACUCAGGGUGAGGGUCAGACGGAGGGUCCCUUUGGAUGCCAGUGUCAGUUGUCAGGUAAAGAUGAGCCUUCCAGCUACAUUUGCACAACAUGCAAGCAGCCCUUCAACAGCGCGUGGUUCCUGCUGCAGCACGCGCAGAACACCCAUGGCUUCCGCAUCUACCUGGAGCCGGGGCCCGCCAGCAGCUCGCUCACCCCACGCCUCACCAUCCCGCCGCCCCUCGGGCCCGAGGCUGUGGCACAGUCUCCGCUCAUGAAUUUCCUGGGCGACAGCAACCCCUUCAACCUGCUGCGCAUGACGGGCCCCAUCCUGCGGGACCACCCCGGCUUUGGGGAGGGCCGGCUGCCCGGCACGCCGCCGCUCUUCAGCCCUCCACCCCGUCACCACCUGGACCCUCACCGCCUCAGUGCCGAGGAGAUGGGGCUCGUCGCCCAGCACCCCAGUGCCUUCGACCGAGUCAUGCGCCUGAACCCCAUGGCCAUCGACUCGCCAGCCAUGGACUUCUCGAGGCGGCUCCGCGAGCUGGCGGGCAACAGCUCCACGCCGCCGCCCGUGUCUCCGGGCCGCGGCAACCCUAUGCACCGGCUCCUGAACCCCUUCCAGCCCAGCCCCAAGUCCCCGUUCCUGAGCACGCCCCCGCUGCCGCCCAUGCCCCCCGGCGGCACGCCGCCCCCGCAGCCGCCGGCCAAGAGCAAGUCGUGCGAGUUCUGCGGCAAGACCUUCAAGUUCCAGAGCAAUCUCAUCGUGCACCGGCGCAGCCACACGGGCGAGAAGCCCUACAAGUGCCAGCUGUGCGACCACGCGUGCUCGCAGGCGAGCAAGCUCAAGCGCCACAUGAAGACGCACAUGCACAAGGCCGGCUCGCUGGCCGGGCGCUCGGACGACGGGCUCUCGGCCGCCAGCUCGCCCGAACCGGGCACCAGCGAGCUGCCCGGCGACGGCCUCAAGGCGUCCGACGGCGACUUCCGCCACCACGAGAGCGACCCGUCGCUGGGCCACGAGCCCGAGGAGGAGGACGAGGAGGAGGAGGAGGAGGAGGAGGAGCUGCUGCUGGAGAACGAGAGCCGGCCCGAGUCGAGCUUCAGCAUGGACUCGGAGCUGAGCCGGAACCGCGAGAACGGCGGCGGCGGCGGCGGCGGAGGCGGCGUGCCCGGCGCCAAGGCCCUGGCCGACGAGAAGGCGCUGGUGCUGGGCAAGGUGAUGGAGAACGUGGGCCUGGGCGCGCUGCCGCAGUACGGCGAGCUGCUGGCCGACAAGCAGAAGCGGGGCGCCUUCCUGAAGCGCACGGCCGCGGGGGGCGGCGGCGGCGUGGGCGUGGGCGGCGGCGGGGACCCCGGCGACGACGACGACCCGGGCGGCUGCGUGGGCGAGCCGGGCGCGGGCGGCGCGGUGAACGGCCGCGGCGGGGGCUUCGCCCCGGGCGCCGAGCCCUUCCCGGGGCUGUUCCCGCGCAAGCCCGCGCCGCUGCCCAGCCCCGGGCUCAACAGCGCGGCCAAGCGCAUCAAGGUGGAGAAGGACCUGGAGCUGCCGCCCGCCGCGCUCAUCCCCUCGGAGAACGUGUACUCGCAGUGGCUCGUGGGCUACGCGGCCUCGCGGCACUUCAUGAAGGACCCGUUCCUGGGCUUCACGGACGCGCGCCAGUCGCCCUUCGCCACGUCGUCCGAGCACUCGUCGGAGAACGGCAGCCUGCGCUUCUCCACGCCCCCGGGCGACCUGCUGGACGGCGGGCUGUCGGGCCGCAGCGGCACGGCGAGCGGCGGGAGCACGCCCCACCUGGGCGGCCCGGGGCCCGGGAGGCCGAGCUCCAAGGAGGGCCGGCGCAGCGACACGUGCGAGUACUGCGGCAAGGUGUUCAAGAACUGCAGCAACCUGACGGUGCACCGGCGGAGCCACACCGGCGAGCGGCCUUACAAGUGCGAGCUGUGCAACUACGCGUGCGCGCAGAGCAGCAAGCUCACGCGCCACAUGAAGACGCACGGGCAGAUCGGCAAGGAGGUGUACCGCUGCGACAUCUGCCAGAUGCCCUUCAGCGUCUACAGCACCCUGGAGAAACACAUGAAAAAGUGGCACGGCGAGCACUUGCUGACUAACGACGUCAAAAUCGAGCAGGCCGAGAGGAGCUAAGGCGCGCGCGCCUGUGCAGUGGAACCCCGCGUGGCCGUCCGUCCGUCCGUCCGUCCGCGAGGGACGCUGACCCACCCCCCGGUCUCUGCCACUUAGCACCCACCCCUCCCUCCUCGUCCCCCCCCCCUCCGCGCAUCCCGGACGGAGGACCCCCCCCUCCCCUGGAGUGGGGGGGAUGGCGGGGGCGGGAGGCGACACUCCACCUUAACCUGUGUCUGCGAAGUCCUAGGGAAACCCGAGGGUUGAUUAAGGCAGUUAAAAAAAAAGAAAAAAGAAAAAAAAAAAAAGAAAAAAAAAUUGUGGAGCCUUUUUAACUGUGCAAUAAUUUCUGUAUUUAUUGGGUUUUGUAAGUUUUUUUGGCAUGUGCAGGUACUUUUUAUUACUAUUCUUUCUGUUUAAAUUCCUUUAAAAGAUUUUGUUGGGUAUCCAUCCCUUCUUCCUUUUUUUUUUUUUUUUUAUUAACCCGGUAGUAGGCUGAGCAAUGACUCGCAAGCAUUGUAGAGGGGAAGCAUAUCUUUUAAAUUAUAAUUUUCGGGGGGGGGUGCUUUUUUGAAAUUUUAAGCGAAGCAUGUGUAAUUUCUUGUGAAGAAGCCAACACUUCAAUGACUUAAAGUUGUUUACGUUUUUAUUUCUUCCUUAAUUUUUGUCCUGAAAUAAAAAGUGGCAUGCAUUUUUUGAAGGGGGGGUUAAAAAUUUUGGGGGGAGUGUACAGCGGAUUACAAUCUUUAAAAUGGUAGCACUUUGUUUCAAAAUUGGAACGAUGAUGUCAUGAGUCCCAGAGGCCUUUUCUGUGUUGAUUUCAACUUCCAUGUUGUAUGAGGAAAACUCUUGAGUGAGGGUCAUGGCUUAGGCCCUCCACAGACUCAGUACCCAGAGACACUUUUCCAGGGCGACUCUAGGAAGAGCAUCCUGCAAUUAUGCAUUGCCAGCAGAUACUGCCCUUUUCUGGGGGACCCUGGUGUCCCCUGGGAAGUCACCUUUGCCGUUGGCUGUAGGUUCAGGUGCGUAACUUGGCCUGAGGGUACCGACACAGAAAGGAGGAGAGAUCAACGGUGUUCUUUCCGGCUUCUGACUUGAUGGCGCCUCUCUUUUCCUCUCACCCCUACCCUACACAUCCCAAGUGUGCGUUGCUCCGAGUGGUAAUCGAUCAUUUCUCAAGCAGACAAACUGCCCUGAUGGUGGGGCUGGGGAAGGCAGGCAGCGUUGGUCUCACUAGGCACUGGGGGACAGGGAGGGGUUCUCACAUCCCUGUCCCCUUUCUUGGAGGAUUCAAGGGAGAGUUUCAUGCGAAGGUGCCCGGGGCUGCUUCCCAUGGUUUUUGAUUUUUCUCCGAUUAGUUUGGAACAUACUAAGUACAGGACUGUUCAGAUUUGACAUUUGACGUUUGAAUUCUGUUGACCCGCACUUUAAAGCUUUUGUUUGCAUUUAAAUUAAAUGGCUUCUAAACAAGAAAUUGCAGCAUAUUUUUGUCUUUGGCCCAGAGGUGGGUUAGACUGUAAGGGACAGCUGAGAUUGAGUGUCAGUGUUGCUAAGCGUGGCAUUCACAAUACUGGCACUAUAAAGAACAAAAUAAUAAUAAUUUACUGGACAGUUCUUACUGCCAUUCAAUUUGAUGUGAGUGCCUUGAAAACCGAUCUUCCUAUUUGAGUCUCUUGAGACAAAUGCAAAACUUUUUUUUUGAGAUGAAAAGACUUUAAAAAAAUAAACAAGCAAAACAAGAGAAGUACAUUCUUUAGAAACAAAGCCACAUUUACUUUAAAUUAAAAAAAAAACAACUAAAAACAAAAACACACAAACACACACACACACAAAAAAACAAA